GUUUUAUAACAAUAUUUGUAUUUUCCAUUUCUAUAUUGUUGAUUGCUGUGUUAUUACACAUUAUCUCUUUCUAACUUAAAUUUAUUGUUCUUCGGGGAACAGGGAAUUGCUUUCAUAGAGUGAGCUUUUAUUUUGUUAUAGAAAGUGUACUAAGAAUUAGCAGGUUAUACGUAUCUGGUCUUUCUCGAUCUAUUUGCUGUCUAAUAAUCAAAUCAAGGAAUAGAAAUCACACUUCAAACGGACAAAAGCUGAGGUUUUAUCGAAGACUAUGCAGAAGAUUCAAGAUUCGAUUCUAUAUAAUACUGAGUAGAAACUAGAAAAGUUUUCAAAACCACAUAAACUGAAGAAGCUACUUACAAAACCAUGACUGAAAACGAAAGCAUAGAAAGUUACCUGUACAAUGCAGUUUACCGAGGCGACUUGGAAGAAACGAAAAGAAUCACCGAUUAUUUAUCCGGAUUUGGACCAUGGCGACCAGGGAUUGACCUACUCUGUACUGCACUCGUCUACAAACACCUGGAAAUAGCUCGAUUAUUCCUAUUCCAAGGAUGUAAUGUCAUUGACGACAGAAGAAGACACGGAGGAUAUACAGCUCUGCAUCUAGCAGUUCUGUAUGGAGAUUCGAUGAUGGUCGAAACGAUUUUAAGAAAAGGAGCCUCCUUCAAUGCGUUCAAUCUGGAAGGAAUGACACCUCUCCACCUCCUCGUCUAUCGAAAUCACGAUGAAUUUCGGCUUCCAUCUUCCGAAGCUUUCGAUGCAGAAUCCUCGGCUAUAAUCGACCUUCUUCUUGAACGCGGGUCUAACAUUAAUUCUGUCGUUGCAUCUGAGCCUAAACGUGGUUUUACAGUUCUCCACUUAGCUGCUGAAUGUGGAAACGAGAAUAUCAUUCCUAUUCUUUUGGAGAAAAAGGCUGAUAUUAACACCAAGGCUCGUGAGGAGCUGUCUCCCCUUCAUGUUGCAGCCAUCAAUGGGCAUUCGCGAAUCGUGGAAUUGUUUUUGAAAAAUGGAGCAAUAGCAUUUGCGAAAGAUGUGAGGGGAAAAAGUGCACUUCGCUGGGCCUUGGAGAAAAAACAUGAGGCUGUUGCAGAGUUACUUAUUAACUACGAAAUCCCUGCUAUUCAGAAACACAAUUUCCCGACACUGACCGACGACAAUCACGUUUUAUUAAGCGCUAUUAAAUUGGGCAACGUCUCAUUUGUCGAAUCCUUAUUAAAUAAAGGUAUUCCUGUCGAUAGUUAUUGGAGAAAUCGCGAGACAGCCCUGCAUGUUGCAGUUGAUAGAGGAAUCGAGGAAAUUGUCAGCCUUGUUUUAAAUCGUGGCGCUAAUCUAAGAAUAACCACGAAGGAUGGUAAAACUCCGCUCUACUUGGCUGUGGAAAAAGGAGUUGCGAAGAUAGUUGAAAUUCUCCUAAAUAGUGUUUCCGAAACUGAUUCUAUGAUUUUAUUAACAGGACCAUCUAGGUGUACUCCUCUCCACGUUGCAGUCAUGAGUGACAACCGAGAAAUUGUUCGACUCUUGUUGCUGAAAGGAACUUGUGUGUAUAGAGAAAUCCUAUCAAAUACGUCUGACAACAACUCGGGCGAAUCUCUACUUCAUAUCGCUGCUAAAAAUGGUAGCUCUUCCAUUUGCAAGCUUCUACUGGAUCAUGGAGCUGAUAUCGAUGCGAUAGAUGCGAAAGGGAGAAACGCCAUCUAUUUUGCUGCUGAGAGAGGGAAUUUGGAAAUGGUCCACGACUUGAGUGACAUUUCCUUGGAGCGGAAAUCAGAAUCGAAAGCAUGGAAAGAAGGAUAUGCAGGACUGUACAUUUCGGCCUACUACGGCAAUGAUAAAAUUGUCGAUUUGCUCCUGAAGAAAGGAGUUGAUCUAAAAGCUAAUACUUUUGGCUGCUCGACACCUCUUCAUGUAGCUGUUGAAGGGGGUCACGAGAAAAUCGUCGAAUUGAUGCUCGAUCACGGUUUCGAUGUUAACGAAAAGAGUGGUGAUCAGUAUCAAAAGAGAUGCGGAUAUACUCCCCUUUGCUGUGCUGCAGAAGCUGGCAAAUUGAAAAUCGUAAAACUGCUUUUAGACAAAGGCGCCGAGGUAAAUUUAAAAGCAGAAAAUAAUCAGACUCCUCUCUUCUUGGCUAUUCUCUUUGAUCACGUUGAUGUAGUUCGAUAUCUCGUGGAUCAUGGGGCAGAUUUAAGCAUUCUUAAUACGUCUUACACGAAAAACCCUUGUAAUGCGAAUUCCACAGAUAUGCGUGUAAACUGUACCUCCUUAGCCCUUGCUGUUCUCGCAGAUAAUGACAAAAUCGUCGAUAUUCUGCUCAAGAGUGGAGCUUCUCCUGAUGUAGAAAACGAAGAAUUUCCACCGCUACAUUAUGCAGCUAAAUGUGACAUGGGGGCCAUUGUAGACAAACUACUUCAGCACGGUGCUAAAGUUAAUUCUGUGUGUAGUCUGGGACACACUCCGAUUUCUCAUGCCGUGGAAGGAAGACAAACAAAAACGAUGAUGCAUCUCAUAAAGAAAGGGGCGAAGCUCAAUACUAAAACCAAAGCAGGAGACAGCUUGCUCCACAUUGCUGUCGAAUAUCCUUCUCCGGAUAAAGAAAUUAUCAAAAUACUUCUAGAUUGCGGCCUCGAUGUCAAGGCUAGAAAUGAAAAAGAACAAACCGCGCUGCAUUGUUUCGCGCGGUCAGAGGAAAAGAAUUUGUAUGAAUUUCUCCUCGAUUAUGGUGCAGAAGUUAAUGCUCGAGAUAAAAUGGGGAACACUCCGCUUCACACGGCUAGUAAAAAUUUGGACCACGCAAGCGUUAGGGUAUUGUUGAAAUUUGAUGCUGAUAUUAAUGCAGUGACUCUAGAUGGAUUCACAGCUUUAGAACUUCUGUUGAACACAGAUGAAAAUCAAACAUCUCGAUACUAUAACCGACCAGGUGCAUCUAUUGUGAAAUUAUUCGUCCAAACGAUAGUUAUACGAGAAACUGCAGGGUUGUAUGUAAGAGACAGAAACCUGCAGUUGGUUAAAGAAAGUGUAAUUAAAAAUUACUACGAAGAAUGCAAGAGAGAAUUGUGUGAAAUGAGUUGUAAAAAGGUUUGUUUGAAUGUUUCUUUCGGUGAUAUUUUGAUUAAGAGUGUUAGCAAGUUAGAUACGUAUUUUAGGAACCAAUCCAUAGUUAAGGCUCUCGAAACCACUGAUUUUAAGAAGCUCUUUCCAAUUUAUGCCCAACUAUUAAAAACUCGUGUUCAAAAAGCUAAGGAGAGGAAAGACUUGUUAGAAUCGAGUGUCAAUCGUCUAAAAUCUAUUUUGGAUUUUGAAUUUCCAUGUCUCGUUAUACCAAAAAUCUUCAGUUAUUUGAGCUCAGUUGACUUGAAAAAUAUGGCGAGAGUUUUCCAGCCUCCGCCUCCUUUCUUGCCCAGCACUCAUAAUCUUAUUUCUGAUUGCAAUAAUAAUCUCUGUGGCACGCCCAGACAUAUAAUCAUGGAGGACUACGAAGAUAUAAUGGAAAACUUAUAUACAGAAGUUUAUAUGGGAAAUUUAAAAGAAGUAAUACACAUCACUAAUUCUUUGACAAAUUCGUCCCCAUGGUACCCCGACUAUGAAUUGCUAUGUGCUUCUUUAUUACACAAGCACACCGAAAUAGCUAGAUUCUUUCUAAAAAAAAAUUGCGAAGUCAAUGGAGACAGUAGAAACAACUACAGAGGUAAUUCAGCCCUCCACUCAGCUGUCCUCCAUGGAGAUUCUUCACUAGUUGGAUUGCUGUUAAAAAGAGGCGCAUCACACAGCUUAAGAAAUGAUGACGGACUCAUGCCCAUUCAUCUUGUUGUUUAUCGAAAUCCCGCUAUUUCAGGCAGUCUUCUUCAUCACGACGAAUUUGAUCACGAAUCUUCCAAGAUUAUUGAUCUACUUCUCGAAUACGGCGUUAACAUCAAUGCCAUUGUUAAUUCCCAACUCAAAUACGGUUAUACUCCUCUCCACCUUGCUGCUGAAUGUGGUAACGAGAAAAUCGCUCCUCUCCUUCUCAAAAAACAUUCCAACUUUAACGCAAAAUCUGAAACCGGCCUCUCUUCUCUUCACGUGGCAGUGAUAAACGGAAAUUCUGGGAUCGUGAACCUCCUUUUAAAUCGCGGAGCACCUGUUUAUUCAAAAGACAAAAGAGGCAAAACUUCACUUUGCUGGUCCAUCGAACAAGGACAAACUGAUAUGAUUGAGACUCUUUUGAACUUUGAACUCCCUCCAUCUCGUAGAAGAGCCAAAUACAUCCCCACGCUAGAAGAUGAUCACAGUUCUCUUUUAACUGCUGUGAAAAUGGACAAGCUCUCAAUUGUUGAAUGUCUUCUGAAUAAAGGAGCAAAUGUUAACCUCUCCUGGAAAAAUGGAACGACUCCUCUGCAUAUCGCAGUCGAAAAUGGUUCCGAGGACAUCCUCCAUCUUCUCUUAGAAUAUGGUGCAGAUGUAACAGCAAUUGGAAAGUACGGAAAAACUCCUCUUCACUGUGCAGUGGACAAAGAGUGGACAAACAUAGUUGAAAUUCUUCUAAAUCGCGUACCUGAGAUAAAUUCUGUUCUCGCUCUGCCAGCUCUCGAUGGCUACACGCCUCUCCAACUAGCCAUCCAGAAAGGCUGCCAGAAAAUAGUCAAAUUAUUCUUACAGAGAGGACAUUCGGCUGUUCUUAAUUCGCAAUGCAAGGAAUCGCCAUUGCAUACUGCGGUCUUGAAAAAUCGAGGAGCGGUGUUGAAGUUACUUCUGAAGAAUGAGAUCGACGUCGAUGUCACGGAUGUGUUUGGAAGAUCUGCCUUGCAUAUUGCGGUCGAAAAGGGAAGUUCAGAAAUGGUUAUGGAAUUCUGCAAUAUAUACUCGAAGCGAGAAGAAAAAUGGAAAGAAGGAUAUACAGCCUUGUGUGUCGCCGCUCACAAUGGACGCGACGAUAUUGUGAGACUUCUUCUCGAGCAAGGGGCAGAUCUGAAUGCGAGGACUGAUAAUUAUUCAACUCCACUCUGUGAAGCAGCUGAAAAUGGCCACAUUAGGAUAGUCAAGCUUCUUCUGGCAAACGGGGCGGAUGUUGAUGAAAUUCGUAACGACGGAAGAAGUGCCUUACAUUGUGCAGUAGAAAGAGAAUUUUAUAAAGUUGCAGAUAUCCUGUUAGAGUGUGGUGCGGAUGUUAAUCUCAAGGUUUCUGGAGAUUCGCCUCUUCAUUUCGCGGCAGCAAUAGGGAACAUGAAAAUUCUAAAACUGCUUCUGAGCAACGGUGCAGAGUUGAAUGCGACAAAUUUAAGCGACGCGACUCCACUGUUGAUAGCGGUUCAGAGAAAUCGGAAUGAAAUUGUUGAGUGUCUUGUUAAUUAUGGCGCGGAUGUUAACAUCCAAGAUCAGGAUAGCACUAUUAAAUCAUUUAAUUACACCUCUGAUUGUAUUCACGAUUUGCGUUCUUGUCGAGGUCUUAGGCCCUUAAUUAUUGCUGUUGAUAAUUCCAACUUGGACGUAGUUGAAAUUCUUUUGAACUGUGGGGCUCCUGCCGAUAUUGAGUGCGAAAAAGUUUCACCCCUUCAUCUAGCUUCUGCCAACGGUAGUCUAGAGAUUGUGAAAGCGUUGCUUAGAUUCGGAGCGAAUAUUAAUUCGGUUUGUCAGGAGAAUUACACUCCUUUUUCUCAUGCGAUUGCUAAUGGGAAAACAGAAACGUUCAUCUGUCUUUUAAGCAAGGGUGUUAAUUUCAAUAUAAAUUCUAGUAAUUCAAUACUUCAUAUUGCUGUUAGUACUGUUAAAAAAGAUAGGAAUAUUGUUGCGCUUCUUCUGGAUUUUGGGGCUCAUGUCAGAGCCACAAACGGUGACAAUAAAACAGCAUUGCAUUGUGCAAUUUCUUUUGGAAAUUCAAGAGAGCAACGUAACUUGUUUAGACUUCUGUUGGAUUAUGGAUCUGACGUUAAUGCUCAAGAAAAAAUGGGAAAUACUCCGAUUCACAUUGCGGCUCAAGAAGGUGAUUUUGAAGCUGCUGAAGUUUUUUUAGAGUACGGAGCUGACCUUGAUGUUAUAAAUAAUGAAGGGAAUACAGCCUUAAAAUAUUCAAUGGAUACAAUACAAGACGAUUUAAUUUUAUUUUUGUACAAUUUAAACCCCGAAACGUGUCCAUACGAAACAGUAGCAAAGUUAAUCGUUCGUGUGAUAGCUUUAAGAGAAUCUGCAGGCAGAUCUGUAAGCAAUAUAAAUUUAAAGUUAGCCAAAAGCGAGUUAAUUAAUUGUUUCUACGAGAGAUGUAAGCAAGAAUUAUUACAAAUGAAGUGUAAAGAAGUCGUAAAGAGGGUGACAUAUUACGACAUUUUAACGAAGAAUGACAGUCAGUUGGCAUUUUGUGUGGGGAAUCAAAACAUAGUGUCUAAAUUAAUCUCAGGAAAUUUGAAGAAACAGUUUCCGUGUUAUGCUUCGAUGUUUGCAUAUCGUACAAAAAUAGGAGUAGAGAGGAGGAAAUUGACUGAGUCAAGCGAGGGACUGUUAAAGUCGAUCCUACGAAUUAAAUUCCCGAGUCUUAUAGUUCACGAAAUUUGUACAUACUUGAGUUCCGUAGACUUGAAGAAUAUGGGGAGGGUUUUUGAACGCCCCGGACAAUCGUUGUCUAAGUUUCGAAACUGAUCUAAAUGAUGAUCAAGCAAAAUAUGUUUGUUCUAUCGUUUACAUUCUUGAGAAAAUGAUAAUGCCUCUGCCAAAUAUUUUCAGUGUCAAUCUUUCGAACUAACUUAAUUUAGCGAAUAGUGAUAGUUUGUUCUUUGUGUUCAUUAUCAUAAGAAAUAUUUUUUAGAACAUUUUU